GUGAGCUGAAAAAACAACUACUGAUGAAGACAGGGGAAUAACAAAGUACGGAUGCCUUUAGUUUUUCACUGAGAGGAAUAUAUCCAAAGUCGUUAGAAACUUACAGAGUUGUGAUUUGGAAGACUCAGCAACAACAUGACCGUCACCACAACCACCACUACCACUGUGGCAGCUGCCUCAGCAGUGGCCACUACAACUGCAGCUGCCACCACAGUUGCUAUGACUACAGCUACCUUGGACUUACGUGAUUGGCUAUUCCUGUGCUAUGGACUUAUUGCAUUUUUGACAGAAGUCAUAGAUAGCACCAAUUGUCCAUAUGUAUGUCGCUGUGACAAUGGUUUCAUCUACUGUAAUGACCGAGGUCUGACAUCUAUCCCAGCUGAGAUUCCAGAUGAUGCAACCACCCUCUACCUCCAGAACAAUCAGAUAAAUAAUGCUGGAGUCCCACCAGAGCUGAAAACUAAAACCAAUGUUAGAGUUAUCUAUUUGUAUGAGAAUGACCUAGAUGAGUUCCCACUCAACCUUCCCCGUUCACUUAGAGAGCUUCACCUCCAAGAUAACAACAUACGCAGUGUGACACGGGAUGCUCUUUCCCGAAUACCACUUAUAGAAAAGCUUCACUUAGAUGACAACUCUGUGUCAACUGUCAGCAUUGAAGAUGAUGCCUUCCUAGAUAGUCGUCAACUUCGCUUGCUGUUCCUUUCUCGCAACCAUCUCAGUAGCAUUCCCAACGGUUUGCCGCACACUCUGGAAGAGCUAAGAUUAGAUGAUAACCGCAUUUCUACCAUACCACUUCAUGCAUUCAAGGGACUCAACAAUCUGCGGAGGUUAGUGCUUGAUGGCAAUCUCCUGGCAAAUCAGCGCAUUGCAGAUGACACAUUUAGCCGCCUCCAAAAUUUGACUGAGCUGUCCUUAGUAAGAAAUUCAUUGGCUGCUCCACCUUUAAACCUACCCGCUACUCAUCUACAAAAGCUGUAUUUACAGGACAAUGCCAUCACACAUAUUCCCUAUAAUACACUGUCCAAGAUGAAGCAACUACAGAGACUGGAUUUGUCCAACAAUAAUCUUACUGCACUUCCUCGUGGCCUUUUUGAUGACCUGGAGAACCUGAGCCAACUCCUCCUCAGGAAUAAUCCCUGGUUUUGUGGUUGCAAUCUUAUUUGGCUUCGAGAUUGGGUAAAGGCUAGAGCCACUAUCGUCAAUGUACGGGGCCUAAUGUGUCAGGGUCCUGAGAAGGUUAGAGGCAUGGCCAUCAAAGACAUAACUCAUGAGAUGGAUGAAUGUUUUGAGGGAGGUCCCCAGAACAAUGUAGCAUCUGCACGAGCAACUCCUGCAAGUCCUUCAAUCACUACCCCUCCUCAAGGAUCGCUGUUUACUCUCAAGUCUAAAAGGCCAGGUAUUCGAUUGCCAGAUUCCAAUCUGGAUUACCCUAUGGAAACCGGAGCAGGGACAAAGUCUUUGGUGAUUAGUGUCAAACCACUGACAGCUGACAGUAUUCGCAUCACUUGGAAGUCCACUGUUCCAGCCAGUUCUUUUCGCCUGAGCUGGUUGAGGCUAGGUCAUAGCCCAGCUGUUGGCUCUAUAACAGAAACUUUGGUGCAAGGAGACAAGACAGAGUAUUUAUUAACAGCCCUGGAGCCCAGAUCUACCUACAUUAUCUGCAUGGUUUCAAUGGAAACAGGAAACUCCUAUCUUACAGAUGAGUCACCCGUAUGUGCCAAAGCAGAGACAGGGGAUAUCUAUGGCCCUACUACUACACUUAAUCGAGAACAAAAUGCUGAUCCCCUUGCUGGUUUACCUUUAGCAGGCAUUAUUGGAGGGGCUGUCACACUUGUCUUCCUUUUUCUCAUUUUAGCAUCUAUUUGUUGGUAUGUUCAUCGAGCUGGGCAAUUACUUACUCGUGAAAGAGCCUGCAGUCGGGGAAGCCGAAAGAAAGACGAUUAUAUUGAAUCUGGCACCAAGAAAGAUAACUCUAUAUUGGAGAUUAGAGGACCAGGGCUUCAAAUGUUACCAAUAAACCCUCACAGAGCCAAGGAGGAGUAUGUGAUCCAUACCAUAUUUCCAUCCAAUGGUACCAGUCUUUACAAAAGUACCCACACGAUAGGUUAUGGCACUCACAGGGGAUACAGAGAUGGUGGUAUUCCUGACACAGACUACUCCUAUACAUGA